CUGCCUGAGACAGUCACUGCCCUGACGGCGGCGGCGGCGGCGGUUGGCUGGUGGGGGUUGGGAGGAGCACGACCGAGGCUGCUGGGGCAGCUGGAACUGGCAGUUGCCGGGGGCCAACAGGAGGAUCCGGAGCUGAGAGCGUGCCCCAGGCCGGGAGGAGGAGGAGGCUGCAGUUGGAGUCCCGAGAGCGCUGGCGGCCGCGGAUUCUCAGAGGAGCAAGUGUCUGAGGCUUAGAGUCCGCAGCGGCGGCGGCCACGGCGGCGGCUGGGGCCGAGAUACAGAAUUAACACUUGGAAUCUGGAGAAGCAUUUUGUACACAUUGAAAGAUUGGGCAUUAUCUUUAGUUUUCCAGAUGUAUUGUCUCAUCUGCACACUUGAAACAUCCACAAUCACAUAAACUCCAGAUAUAACCAUGGAGUUAUGUGACCCAUCAAGAUUUAGGAAAAGUAUUGCCACGCUUUGGAACCAGGCAAUUUUCCACCAGUUCAACAAUUAAACUAAUAUAUUUUCUGCUGAUAAUCAAGAGUAAAGAGCUAAAUAAAGUCAUGCACAUUCGAUUGGCAAAUGGCAUCUCUGGCUGUUGAGUUUUACUGUAACUGGUUACUGUAUCAUUCAGAGUCAACUUAAUAUGCAAGUUAUGUCCUAAUGGAUGUAAAGACCUUUGUUGACGUAUCCAGGAUCUAGCAAAUGUUGAAGAUAAGAAACCUAUUAUGACUAAUCCUUGGGAAGAGAAAGUCUGCAAAAUGGCUCAAACGAGUUUACUGCAGGGGAAGCAGUUUUACUGUAGGGAGUGGGUUUUCCACAAGCUUCAGCAUUGCCUCCAGGAGAAAACUAACUGCUGCAAUAGUGCUGUCAACACACCAUCCCUUGUAAUGAAUUCUGGGAAUAAUGCUAGUGUUGUCUCUGGAAAAGGAGCUGCCUGGGGUGUGUUGUUGGUAGGAGGGCCUGGCAGUGGCAAGACAGCCCUAUGUACUGAGCUGUUGUGGCCAAGUUCACCUACGAGCUUGCAGAGAGGUUUACAUCGCCAGGCUUUGGCCUUUCAUUUCUGCAAAGCCCAGGACUCUGAUACUUUGUGUGUUGGAGGGUUUAUUAGAGGUCUAGUUGCCCAGAUCUGCCGCAGUGGACUACUCCAAGGAUAUGAGGAUAAGCUAAGGGAUCCAGCAGUCCAAAGCCUGUUACAGCCUGGAGAAUGUGAAAGGAACCCAGCUGAAGCAUUUAAAAGGUGUGUUCUACUCCCUCUUUUGGGAAUGAAGCCUCCCCAACAAAGCCUGUAUCUACUUGUUGACUCUGUGGAUGAAGGGUGUAACAUUACCGAAGGUGAACAAACAUCUACCAGCUUAUCUGGAACUGUCGCGGAGCUCUUAGCUGGUCACCAUGAGUUCUUUCCACCAUGGCUAUUGCUUCUGUGUUCUGCCCGAAAACAGAGUAAGGCUGUUACUAAAAUGUUUACUGGUUUUCGAAAAAUAAGUUUAGAUGACCUUCGGAAGGCAUACAUCGUUAAGGAUGUUCAGCAGUACAUCCUUCAUCGUUUAGAUCAAGAAGAAGCUUUGCGACAACAUCUCACUAAAGAAACUGCAGAGAUGUUAAAUCAACUUCACAUUAAAAGCAGUGGAUGCUUUCUUUAUCUAGAACGAGUUCUAGACGGAGUUGUAGAAAAUUUUAUUAUGUUAAGAGAGAUUCGUGACAUCCCAGGAACUCUUAAUGGUCUGUAUCUCUGGCUGUGUCAGAGACUUUUUGUAAGAAAACAGUUUGCAAAAGUCCAGCCCAUUUUGAAUGUGAUUCUUGCAGCCUGCCGGCCUUUGACCAUAACAGAAUUGUAUCAUGCAGUCUGGACUAAAAAUAUGUCAUUAACCUUGGAAGACUUUCAACGUAAGUUAGAUGUCCUCUCCAAACUUCUUGUUGAUGGACUAGGAAAUACUAAAAUACUGUUUCACUAUAGUUUUGCAGAGUGGCUUCUGGAUGUGAAACACUGCACUCAGAAGUAUUUAUGCAAUGCAGCAGAAGGACACAGAAUGUUGGCUAUGAGUUAUACCUGUCAAGCCAAGAAUUUAACACCAUUGGAAGCACAAGAAUUUGCAUUGCAUUUAAUUAAUUCAAACUUGCAGUUAGAGACAGCUGAGUUAGCUCUCUGGAUGAUAUGGAAUGGUACACCUGUCAGAGAUUCUCUGUCUACUUUAAUACCCAAGGAACAAGAAGUGCUACAGCUGUUGGUUAAAGCUGGUGCGCACGUCAACAGUGAAGAUGACCGCACAUCAUGCAUAGUCCGACAAGCCUUAGAAAGAGAGGAUUCCAUUCGGACAUUAUUAGAUAAUGGAGCUUCAGUAAAUCAAUGUGAUUCAAAUGGGAGAACAUUAUUGGCUAAUGCUGCAUACAGUGGCAAUCUUGAUGUCGUGAAUUUACUUGUCUCCAGGGGAGCAGAUUUAGAGAUAGAAGAUGCUCAUGGACAUACACCACUUACCCUAGCCGCUAGACAAGGACAUACCAAGGUGGUUAAUUGUUUGAUCGGGUGUGGAGCAAACAUUAAUCAUACUGAUCAAGAUGGUUGGACAGCAUUAAGAUCUGCUGCUUGGGGUGGCCAUACGGAGGUAGUUUCUGCACUACUUUAUGCUGGCGUAAAAGUGGAUUGUGCAGAUGCUGAUAGCCGAACAGCCUUGAGAGCAGCAGCGUGGGGAGGUCACGAGGAUAUUGUACUGAAUUUGCUACAACAUGGUGCUGAAGUCAACAAAGCUGAUAAUGAAGGUCGAACUGCAUUGAUAGCAGCAGCCUACAUGGGACAUAGAGAAAUUGUGGAACACCUGCUGGACCACGGAGCAGAAGUGAAUCAUGAGGAUGUCGACGGCAGGACCGCUCUCUCUGUAGCUGCACUUUGUGUGCCUGCAAGUAAAGGACACGCAUCGGUUGUCAGUCUUUUAAUUGACCGAGGUGCUGAAGUAGAUCAUUGUGAUAAAGAUGGCAUGACUCCGUUGCUGGUAGCUGCUUAUGAAGGACAUGUCGAUGUGGUUGACUUGCUUCUAGAAGGGGGAGCAGAUGUAGACCAUACAGAUAACAACGGUCGCACACCCCUCCUAGCAGCAGCUUCUAUGGGCCAUGCGUCAGUUGUAAACACACUUUUGUUUUGGGGUGCAGCAGUGGAUAGCAUUGACAGCGAGGGCAGGACAGUCCUCAGCAUAGCUUCAGCCCAAGGAAAUGUGGAGGUAGUACGUACCCUACUGGAUAGAGGGUUAGAUGAAAAUCACAGAGAUGAUGCUGGAUGGACACCUUUGCAUAUGGCAGCUUUUGAAGGUCACAGAUUAAUAUGUGAAGCACUUAUUGAACAAGGUGCUAGAACAAAUGAGAUCGAUAACGAUGGACGAAUACCUUUCAUAUUAGCUUCGCAAGAGGGUCAUUAUGAUUGUGUUCAAAUCUUAUUGGAAAAUAAAUCCAACGUUGAUCAGAGAGGUUAUGAUGGAAGAAAUGCGCUGCGUGUUGCUGCGUUAGAAGGGCAUAGGGACAUUGUUGAAUUACUUUUUAGCCACGGAGCUGACGUUAACUACAAAGAUGCUGAUGGUAGGCCUACACUUUAUAUUUUGGCCUUAGAAAACCAACUUACGAUGGCUGAGUAUUUUUUAGAAAAUGGUGCAAAUGUAGAAGCAAGCGAUGCCGAAGGAAGGACAGCACUUCAUGUUUCCUGCUGGCAAGGCCAUUUGGAAAUGGUGCAGGUUCUGAUAACCUACCAUGCUGACAUCAACGCUGCAGACAAUGAAAAGCGGUCUGCCUUGCAGUCUGCAGCUUGGCAGGGCCACGUAAAAGUGGUUCAGCUUCUGAUUGAGCAUGGUGCCAUAGUUGACCAUACGUGCAAUCAAGGUGCGACUGCCCUCUGUAUUGCAGCCCAGGAAGGGCACAUUGAUGUUGUGCAGGUUUUGUUAGAGCACGGUGCUGAUCCAAACCAUGCCGAUCAAUUUGGACGCACUGCUAUGCGGGUUGCAGCCAAAAACGGACAUUCUCAAAUAAUUAAAUUAUUAGAAAAAUAUGGUGCAUCUACUUUGAAUGGCUGUUCCCCGUCUCCUGUUCAUACAAUGGAGCAAAAACCUCUACAAUCGGCGUCUUCAAAAAUGCAGUCAUUAACAAUUAAAUCAAAUAGUUCUGGCAGUACUGGUGGAGGGGAUGUGCAGCCUUCACUGCGUGGUUUACCUAAUGGGCCAGCUCAUGCAUUCAGUUCUCCUUCGGAAUCUCCAGAUUCUACAGUCGAUCGUCAGAAGUCGUCAUUGUCAAAUAAUUCCCUGAAAAGCUCAAAAAACUCAUCUUUGAGAACUACUUCAUCUACAGCAACAGCCCAAACAGUGCCAAUUGAUAGCUUUCAUAACCUGUCAUUUACAGAACAAAUUCAGCAGCAUUCAUUGCCGCGCAGUAGAAGUCGACAGUCCAUCGUUUCCCCGUCUUCCACAACACAGUCCCUGGGACAGAGCCAUAAUUCACCGAGUAGUGAAUUUGAGUGGAGCCAAGUAAAACCCAGUUUGAAGUCAACUAAAACAAAUAAAGGGGGGAAGUCAGAAAAUUCCAGCAAAUCGGGGGCAGCUGGAAAAAAGGCUAAACAAAAUAAUUCUUCACAGCCAAAGGUUUUAGAGUAUGAAAUGACUCAGUUUGAUAAAAGAGGACCUACAGCCAAAUCUGGUACUAGUGCACCCCCUAAACAGACGCCAGCAGAAUCUCAGUGCAAAAUAAUGGUACCUUCAACUCAGCAAGAAAUUGGUCGAUCUCAACAGCAAUUUCUUAUUCAUCAACAAAGUGGGGAGCAGAAGAAGAGAAAUGGAAUAAUGACAAAUCCCAAUUAUCAUCUUCAGAGCAACCAGGUUUUUCUUGGUAGGGUUUCAGUCCCACGGACAAUACAAGACAGAGGGCAUCAGGAAGUGUUAGAGGGAUAUCCUUCCUCAGAGACGGAAUUAAGCCUUAAACAAGCCCUGAAGCUUCAGAUCGAGGGUUCUGACCCUAGCUUCAACUAUAAAAAGGAAACACCAUUAUAAAAGGUAACAUUUCAUCAACAUAAAGAAUAAAAUAUCAAAAGUAUGGUUCCCUCUACUGAGGAUACUCUUUUCCCUAAUAGUCAUGUGGCCAGUUCCCUCGCCUAAUCAGUUCAGAUGACAUCCUCUCAGCAGGACCUUCCCUUAGUGCCCUUGUGAAUUUGAAUUGCCCCACACCACCAGCAUUCUCUUUUUGCCUUUCCUGUUUUUUUUUUUUGUUAUCCAAAGAACUUAUUAUUUCACAUACGUUAUAUAUUUAUUAUUAUGUUUAUUAUUUGUCUCUUCCCAACUAAAAUAUAAGUUCUGUGAAGGUAGGGGUUUUUAUCUGUUUGUUCUCUGCUAUAUUCCCUGUACUUGGAAUACUGUUUGGACCUAUAUUAGUUUUUCAGUAAAAAUGUAUUGAGUAAGUGAAUGGAUGAAUGAAUAUACUACUUAUGAAUCUCAGUAAGAAUUUCUUCUUACAUAGUCAUUUCCCUUCUUAGAAAUUCUUUGGUGGCAAUAGAGGGAGAGGAGAGGACCAUUUCUGUGAUACUCACUUUUUGGUUUGAAUAAGAUUAUAUAUGUAGUGCUUAGUAGAUAGGUAGUCAGUGUUAAUUUCCUUCCUUUUUCACCCUGGAAGAAGUCAAAGAUUUAAUCAGCUAAAGGUAAUUUUUACUAUGGCAGAUCUCUUAAGAAUCUUCCAAAUAAAAUUUGCACACACCAAGAAGAGGUGAGGAAAGAUGUUAAGUUGGAUGUAUGCACAAGAGGGUAUUUAGAGCCCACUAUAUUUACACAUAAGAAUUACAUGUUUAAACCUCAAAAUAAAAUCAGAUUUAAAUACAAACUUUUUUUUCUUUCCACCACAAUGGACACUUCACUAAUUACAUAGGGGAAUUUAGUGAGAAAAUAUAUACAUAAUUUUAUAUAAUAGAUACUUUUUCAGAAGCACAUCUCUCUCAUUAGAGAUAAAUCCAAUGGUUUCAUUAGGAAUCUUUGCUAUUUUAUACUACAAGUAUAUUUAUCCCACUUUGCUUAAUCAUUUUUCAUUCUUCAAGAAAAAUGUACUCUUUAGCAACCUGAAAUAUCCCUUGUCUUUCUGGUUUGUUUUUCCUUCUUUCUUUCUUGCUUUCUUGCUUUCUUGCUUUCUUUCUUGCUUUCUUGCUUUUUUUUUUUUGUCUUUGGAGAUAUAUUUUAGGGGUAUUUUAGGUGAAACAUUAUUAUAAAUUGUAAAUUUCCUGUGCUUUCUAAUAGUAAACACCCUUCAAUCUGAAUCGAUGGAUGACUGGUCAAAUCUGAUUCCGAAAUAAUUUGUAUAAAGUAGUUAGUUCAUUCUCCAAUGUGACUUAUUUUAAAAAUACUUAGUUCUGAUGGUACAACCCUCUAACUCUUGUGCUAUCUUUUGUAAAGGCAAAGUAUACAUAUAUAUUACACAGUAAAACACAUUAAUGAAGGUAAACAUUUUGUGGAUUCUUUAAAAGUGAUUGUAAGUUAAAUAAUGAAUCUCUAAUAGAUGUGUCCACUUUAUGUUUUAUAUAGUAAAUACAUAAAUAUAUAUAAUUAUAUAGGGUCUUAAAACUAUAUGUAGUUAUAUAAUAAGUAUAAUGUAGACAUUAAUUUUUUUUUUAACUUUUGCAUUAGUUUCCUAUUCUGUGAAACAGAAGACAUUGUGAUUGGAGUGGUUCUUCAGCUACUGGAUGAAAACAUAAAAUGCCUGUUGAUUUGCUGAAAAAAAAAAAAGUGAAGAAUGUGAUAUCUGCAGUACAGUUACCUUAAUUACUGUCAUGUGCCUAAAUAGUAAGGCUGCCUUCUCAAUGUAACCCUCUGUGCUUAAAAAAUUUCAUUUUGUGUGCUUUGUAUUCACUACAUAAGAAUAAGCACUUUUUUGAAAAAAAUGCAGAUGUAUACUGCAGUUCCCUGAUAAAAGCUGAAAAAAAAAUUUGCGUAAAGUAUUUUAAGUUAAGAUUUGAUAAAUGUGCAUGUGCCAUGAUCAAAUAUAUACGAAAAGGCAGUGUCCUUUGUAUUUAUUUUAUUUUUUUCUUUUUGUGGCAAAUGAAACUUAAGCAUAUUGUUUCACAUUUGCAUCGUUGUAGUGUAUGGCUUGUUUCUUGUAUCUUUAAAAAUGUUGCUCAAUAAAAUAAAUCAUGCAACUAUUUUAUGUUCAGUACACCUUCGGCAUUGGUUGAAAAUGUGUUUCUAUUUAAUGCCACACUGAAGUGAAAAAUGGUUUCUUGACAGAUUUUUUUGAAAAUAAUCCUAGUAUUUUAGGGAGCUGCUCUAAGUAGUUUAAAUAUGGAUUUCCCAGUAGAAUCCUCCUGAUCUCUGGCUAAAGAUGAAAAAAAGAAAAAGAGAGGAAAGGAUGAAAGGGAGAGAGAUAGAGGAAAAAACACACUAUAGGCAGAACAAAGUUCUGUUUCAUUCACUGGGAUGCAAUUUCACCUUCCACUCGCUUGUCAUUCCACCUCCAAGAAGACAGACUAUCAUUUCUGAGGCAUAAAAAUUCUCAGGGACAAAGCCAUGCCUCAGGGCGUGUGUACGUAGAGGGAGAUGCACCUGUCUGAGGGUAGAUUUUUGAUCCCUGAACAAUUCAUCGACUACACUUACCUCAACUGUCCAGUUAAGUACAAUAUAAUUUACCAGUGUCAAUUUUAAUGCUGGCUUUUCUCUCAGUCCUUUCUAUCUUAUAAAUCACUGCAUGACCCAAAUAGCCCCAACUCAAAAAUCAGCGGAAUCCAUUUUAGUGGCUAAUUGGAUAAAUAUUUUUGAUGAAUGUGUAAUAUGUGCCGUCCUUCACAGAUGACGCCAUUAACCUGUCAGUCAUAGCACGUGUGUAUUUUUUUUACUGGUACUUGGUAAACGAUAGUGAUGGAUUUGCACUUUUCUGUCCACAUACUCUUUCCUGUUUUCUUCUUUGGACAAUUGCUCACAGGAUAACUGGAUGGCAGGGUUAAAGGUGAAGUCUGUGACAAGGAACACAAAGUUGACUGGCUCAGAUGACCAUCGGACCCACGGCCUGGCCUUCUUGAUGGACUCUAAACCAGUGGAGCUGGCUUAGAUGGGCCGUGUGUAUGUCCGGAAAGGCUGGGAUUAAUUGUUAAGAAGCCAUGGUUCUGAGUCUGGUCUUUGAAUAAGCCUUGUGAAUUUUAGAAAGCCCAGAAAUUCUGUUUCCCAUGUGCUAUUGAUAAGAAAGAGAAAUGAGGAAAGAGAAUUUGGAGAUUCAGCACAACAUUGCCACUACCGGAAAAACAAUCUUUAGAAAAUGUCUUAGUUAAUAACAGAGGUCAGUACUGUCCUCUUCAUACAUGAAGGGUACAUGGGAUACAUUGUUCACAGGAAUAGAAACAUGUGAUUAGUUGUGAUAAGUGUCUCACUUGAAUCUUCGUGUGAGGCUUUUGUUUUUAUUUUUUAAAGUCAUCAAAACACAUUCUGUUUGUGUCAUCAGUCAUAAUCAGGAAUAGGAGAUAAGGUCAAUCGAUAUUAAGGUGACAUGGCAAUAUUGAUAACUCGAAUGUGAAUGUUUCAAGUAUUGAAUUUUUGUCCCUAUGGGACAUUUAUUAAAUACACUUAAUAGGACUCUUGCAAAGUAGCCUUAAAAGUGUUAAUGAUUCUAUUGAUAAAUAUGAAUACAUACUAUUAUUAGAACCAAUGUUACUCAUAUCUCAAAUACAGUACAUUUACAUUACUGUAGAAGAUGAAGCUCUAAUUUCUUAUUAGGUGUAUUUUUCUUUAGAAAGAGAACCCUGAAAGCUGCCAGUUUUUCUAUUAACCUUGAAUUAUUGGAAUUGUAUUUAUUUAAUUUUAUUGUUUUUUACAAAAAUGCACCUUGUGGCCAAAGGGCAAAGAUAUGACUCAUUACAUAAGGGAUUUAUGUUUUUCAAAGAGCUAAAUGUUUUCGUAUCCAUAUUAUGUACACUUGAAACAGUUGGUAGGAAGAGAACCUGUUGGAAAAAUAUGAUUUUCAAAAGUAAGUAGUCCUCUGGGUGUUUUUAUAUUCAUUGUGUUUUGGAAUAGGGCAGAAGAGGUUUUUAGUUAGGAUAAGGAUGAUAAGAGUGCUGGAGAUACCCUGCUUUGCCUACUUGUUUCUUUGGGGAUUUAACAGCAUGACUGAAAACAGCUUUUGCUUCUUCAUUAAGAAGAGUAAAAACUAGUCCCCCCAACUUAAAAUGCCUAAAGAGCUAUUUUAAACAUCAAAAUGCUUCAAUUUUGUAAAUCACCUGACGUCACUACACACACAUGAUGCCGUGUGCUUAUAACUUUUUAACAUUCCGCCUGUGCCCAUUCCCUAAGAGUCAUGAGUUGAUAAUAAGGGAAGCGAUUAAAACAAAAACAAAAACAAAAACAACAGUAAUGAAAAAUUAAAAUCUGAAUGUGUGUAGGAAAGGUUUUGGAAGGAAAACUGACUGGCACUCCGCAUACUGCAAGGUGAUGCCAGUAUCUUUUGUCCUCCUUCCUCACUCCCCACCCCUACUGGAGUCCUUACCAAAAACAAGUCACUACUUAGAAACAGGAGUAGUUUUCUCAUUAUUGUUUGGCUAUGCGAAUGUUCGUUUUGCUUAAUGUUGCUCCAUUUACACUUCUCAGCAAAUGUAGUUGCAGACAAAUGGUUUCUUUUUAUUGUUUCCUUGGUUUGGGGUAUGUAAAUAGCCUAAAAUGUACAUUGAAUUUCACAUUGUAAAAGUUUUAUUUUAUUCCUUGUAUUAUAUUAAGCAAAAAUCCCUAUGUAUAUGAAAGUGCAUAAUAAAUAUAUUUGCUCUCUA